AUGGCCAUUGCGCAAAGGUUCCUCAUCAGUAUGUCCUGCGAGGCCAACGCGCAACACUGGCCAAGGACUGCUAUUCUGCUCUUGGGAUUGCUCAUACUUGGGAUCGUGUCCUCCAACCCGCUUCCAAGAAUGACUAACAGUACAACUUUAUUGGAGAAGCGAUGGGAGAGCCUCUUCUCCCGCUCCAUGCUGGGAAUUUCUGGAGAGAAACCAGAGUCGAACUGGGAGAAUGACUAUUUGCUGGGCAUCAAAAGAGUGCGGAGGUUGUACUGCAAUGUAGGCAUCGGGUUUCAUCUUCAGGUCCUCCCUGACGGCAGGAUAAACGGGGUUCAUGUUGAGAACCAGUACAGUCUCAUUGAGAUUUCCACUGUGGCCAGAGGAGAGGUUAGCCUGUACGGUGUGAAAAGCAAGCUGUUUGUCGCAAUGAAUAGCAGAGGAAGGUUGUACGGCACGGCUACCUUUAAAGAUGAAUGCAAGUUCAAGGAGACCCUUCUGCCAAAUAACUACAAUGCCUACGAGUCCUCUGUUUACAAGGGAUUCUAUGUCGCUCUCAGCAAACAAGGCCGAGUGAAGAGAGGCAACAAGGCCACCACGGCUAUGACGGUCACCCACUUCCUCCCUCGAAUAUGAGCAGACUCUCGCAAUAAGUCUUCAUUUGCACUGGUCUCCCGAGAGAUUUAAAAAAUGACAUAUGGACAUACAAGGAACUGCAAGAAUGUCACCAAAGUAGUACUUAUUCUUUUUUAUAUGUAUAUUUGGGCAGGUUAGCUUUUUAUUAGAAUCUCGGAAUAUGCUAUCCAUUGCUGCUUACGUAUUUUAUAUAUUAUUCAUUUUGGAUGUGGAGGCUCACAUAGCCUUUCUUUCUGUAGUCAGGUGCUUGCCAAGUAUGAAACAGACUCUGGGGUGAAUGACGGAAGUCCUUGGCUUUUUACCGUGAAAUUACAGUUUUAUUACCUCAAAGAGCUACCUAUAUGAUUUCAAAGGGUGCAUGAAUGCUUGUUUAUUUUUAGUUCUGAGCCGAGACAAGCAUAAUGAGACCUUGUUUUUUAUGUUAUUUUUUUUUAUUUUUUAUCUUUUAACUGUUUUUUUUUUUUAUUUUUUUUUCUGUUUUCUCAUGC